UGAUGCGAUGUGGACGUGAUUGCGCGUAGCGAUCGAUCGUGCGGUGUCAUUCUAACCUCUUCGCAGGAGCGUACGAAUUGUCAACCGAAAGUCUCGUUUGAUCGCUCUAUCGUACGUAAACGAUCAAUUUCUCGAUCGUGGCGCGGCAUACGAGUUUUGAACGGACGCAUUUUUCAUAUGAUCUCGCUUAAUCGUGAUUAACUUCACUCGUGACUAACUUCAUUCGUUCACUUCGAGUGAGACGAUUUGAAAGUGAACCUUUUGCCCGGUAUCAUCACGAGUUUCCGACGAUUGUUCGUAUAUACUCGGUCUCUCGUGACAGUCGACGUUAGGAAAGAUUAAACGCCGCUUACACGAUUAGAGUUCCUCUAGCCGAUCAAGAUGACGCCGUCACUUUACGUCUCGCGAAUAAAUCAGAUUGAUGCUGCUCAAUUGGACGGUGAAAUUUAUAAGAUGCUGAGGAAUCAAACCAAAGAGAUCGCUAAAUACUGCACGCCCGGUAAAAUCGACAAAUGGCAAGCGGAAGUGGACGCCGUUCUGAAAUUUCUCAUCUGGAAAUUCUCGUUGCAACGAGGCUCUUCCACAUUUGGCCAGCGGCUUCUCAAUCUGCACUACGCCAACAUCAAUCAAAGAAAAGCUAUACUCUACUUAAUCCUAAACGUCGUACCUCAGUACUUGAAAGACAAAUUGGCCUACGAGAACUUGUCCGAACGUGGCGCAUUCGCCCGAGCGCUAAAGUCGCUCGUCGACUGGAUGACGAACGCGAUCAAUCUCCUGGAGCUCAUCAAUCUACUCCUCUUUCUCCAUCGGGGUGUAAAACCGCGCGUGAUAGAGCUUCUGCUUGAUCUGUCCAGUCAGUCGAUAACGACACAUCGACCCAGAAUCAUCGGUUACUCGUACAUGACGAGAGAAUUGCUUUGGCACGGUCUGAUGGAGCUCUUCACGAUUGGUAUACCCAUGAUAAACCUCCACUACCUGAAGCACGUAGUAACGAGACUAUGGCGACGACCGAAAGCGUCGAUUGGGUUGUUGCCGGUGAUGAAUGCCGCGACCAAGUGCGCCUACUGCUACGAAGACCCGAUCCUGCCAUCGCACGCCGGCUGCGAACACUUGUUCUGUUAUUACUGCCUGCAAGCACACUUUACCGCAAUGAGCGCGUUCCAAUGUCCCAGGUGCAACGCGGAGCUCCAUGCCGAAGAUAUGAAAAGAUAUACAAUCGUGAGCGCGUCUUGGAACGACGACGAGGAAUCGGACGAUAGCUUCGAGAGAGUGGACGAUGGAUAACGCGAACGUACGUAUAUUUCCAGUUUUAUCAAAGUUAAAAGUGACUCGAUGCUCGAAGUGAUGUUAUUGUGAUGAACGAGUUACGUGUCUGGACUUUCAAUCUUAAGCACUAUCUUUACAAGUGAAAAUGAUUUUUAUUAUUAUGUGAUAACCUGUUGAUUCCACAAAGAGAAAGAUUUCCUGCAACGACCAAAAUAAUUAAAUAAAAUAAUAGUGAUUCGUUGCAACACAGCGAAUAG